AGCUAUUGACUGAAUUGCUAGAAGACUGUAGAGAAACCGCCGACGAGGGAAGGAUUAUGAUAGCGAACGCCCAGUUGGCUGAGGCCAGGGGUGAUAUCGACGCGGCGUUGACUUUAUUGCGAGACAUUAGACAAGAACAGGGCGACCACUUCGUCCGCUCCCGUGAACUCAUGGCUGCGAUGUAUCUCAAGCAUAGAAAAGAUCGGCGCCUAUACGCCGGCUGUUACAGAGAAAUUCUUGAUAAAAAGCCAACGACUCAAUCAUUCCUAAUGCUCGGCGACGCAUAUAUGCAUAUUCUUGAGCCGGAGCGGGCGAUAGAGAUAUACGAACAGGCGUUGAAGAAGAACCCCAAAGACUGGGUCCUCACCAGAAAAGUUGGACAGGCGUUGAUUAAAACACAUUUUUACGAAAAGGCCGUCACGUAUUAUAAGGCGGCCAUUAAGACUAGUGGUCAAAAUGCGUUUCGAUACGACCUAGCUCAUCUACUAUGGCGUUUGAAGAGAUUUAGUGAAUCGCAGGCUAUUAUCACAAAUGCUUUGGAGAUAUCGCAGACUCAAGAUUUGCAAACACUGGAGUGGGAGGUGAAACUGGUCAAUUUGUUGGGUCAGGUGCAGCUCAACACUGACAAUAAAGACACAGCUAUUGCUACCUUAAAACGGGCGCAUCAGACAAACCAAAAGUUUGUUUCAUAU